AUGAACAGUUUAACAAGUUAACAAUUAAUAUCCUAAUGUCCGCUUUUGAUUUAUAAAGAUUUAAGCCCUAGACUAAAAGGGCCCUUUUAUUAUAAAAGCCUUCAUAAUGAAUCAAGAAAGUUACUUUCACCAUUUGAGAAUCUAAAGAAAACAAUGGAUCCAAGCUAUAUGAUUCAUCUUAAACCUUUAUUGAUUCCAGAUUUAAUGGGAAAGAGUUAAAUUCAAUCUUAGAAAAUAAAAUGUUCUCUAAUUUAAAGGUGUAAUAGAUCUUAAAGUUCAAAUGAAUAGGUUCAUGGAAUUUAUGGAAGUAAGUGGAAAAGGUUGAUUUCAUAAGGAAAGUUUAGUGUUAAACAAAUUCAUCAUUAAAAAAUAAUUUAUAGAUUCAAGAUAUAUGUAAGAGCAGUUUAACUAAUGUUAACUUAUUUUAAAUUUAGAAAGGUUAGAUAAGCAAAUAUGAAAAGUAGUAAAAGAUUAUCAAAGGCUAGAAUUUCUAUAGUAAAUAUACGAAAUUAAUCUGGUCAGUCAACAUUAAUUCCUCUAAUUCAGCAAUACUAAGCAGAACUUUUAUCAAUGCAAAAUCAUAUUUUAAAUGUAUCUACAUCAGAUGUACAUAGUCCACAAUCUCUAUGCUAAAAAAGAAAAUAAAAAACACUAUCUUAAAUAAGUUUCGAUAAUUUUAUUAAACGACCCAUUUAAUAAUUCAUAAGAAAUAAGAAUCUUUCUUCAUUUUCAGAUCAUAAAUCAUCUUAACCUACUAAAAGAACUUGCAAGACUGAAUCAACUUUAAAAAGAUUUGCAAGUAUUAGAUCAUUGCAUCAUAAAUUUUAGAUGAGCUAAGCUUAUUCAGCUUAGUAAUGA